GAAAUGUCAAAUUUUUAUUUGCAAUAAAACUGGUGUAAAUUAUUAUCACGCUUCCGGUUAUUAUCAAAAAUCCAAAGAACAAACACUUUGCAAGAAAACACAACUACGGGAAGCUGCUCAAGUCUGGAAAAAGAAAAUUGUCCCUCCUGGGUGCGCACCGAAAAAUUCCAGAUACAUUUUUUACGUCCAAACCUACUUGUGUUUGUGUAAAAUGUCGGAAACCGAGAACCUUCAAAACCUCAAGCAAAUUUCGUCCACAGUGAGUGAACGCGACCUAAAAAUUUGGGAAAAUGUGGCCCACAGCACAUGUAUCCAAAAACACACCGACAAGCUUAAAAGCGAGAUAGCGCGAAUGAAAGCCGCCGCCGUUGAAAAAAAGCAAGAAAAUAGAAUUCUGAAAGAGCAGUUGGCGGAACUCGAGCAGACUAUAGCUAUUCAGAAGCAAACUCUGAGAACGAGCGAACGGUCCGUCGUUAUAGAGACGACGUACAAAAAUAGUCUUCUUCAAGAGGCGGCUGAAUUUCAAAAUUCGUACCACAAGACUUUGGAGAUGUAUGAAGAUGAACUAAAGGAAUAUCGAGAGAUGUACCAGAACGCGUCUCCGGGUUACAAGGAGCUGAAAACCCAGCAGACUGAAUUGAAGAAACUCGAGGUUAAGAAGAUGAUGAUGGAUGCGAAAGUGGAGGGUUUGAAGAGAAGUCAGAAACAGUUUAGAGACAUCCAGGAGCGGAUUUUCUACACGACCAUGGUGAAAUUUGCACAAUUUUAUAUUCUGUAUCACGAGAGAGAAAAAACGCAACGACUAGUCGAACAAAGAAAAAAGGAAGAACAGGCGUUGUUAAGACAGCACAUGCGAUUGGCUGAAGCAGUGAAAUUGAAAAAAAUUGAAUUUCAAAAACGAACAGCCGCGAUUAAUACAUCCAUCGACAACCCUCAUCCAACUCGUGCUUCCAACGACACCGUCGACAAGUUACAGAAAUUCCUCAACGAGGAAAUUCUUCCUUGUAGUUUAACCCCAAUCGAUUGCACUUCGAGGGUUGUCACUAAUCGAGAUUACUCAAAAGUGAGGGUUCUGGACGACAUCAUUGUUAAACCGCUGUCUAGACCUCCUCCAGUCAGGAAACCCAACCCCGAGUUCAGAAAAAAAAUGGAAGAGAUAAUGCAAGCAGCGAAGAACGAAAUAAAAAGAAGCAACUCGUUUCAGUUCAGUCAAAAGUCGCUUUCUGUCCAAAGCACUCAGAAGAGCGCAACUCCGGCUGGAACACGGCAAAAUCUAGACGCAGGACCGCAGAUAGAAAAUUCGCAACCGCAGAAAUCUCAGAUUAAGGCGAAUUCACAGCCAACGUUACAACAACAAUCGCAGAUCAGGAUGAGCUCAGAACAACAACAACAACAGCCACGGCUUAAGACGAAUUUGCGCCCACAGAAUCAACUGCAACCGGGUUUCACAUUCCACGAGAGCCAACGUAGUGAAAGAGGAAUAAGAAGUUCGCAGGAAAAGCUGACGCCAAAAAUUCCUGAAGGAAUUAUUAAAAAUCAAACUGAGAAUAGUUCAAUAUUGAAACAUCUCAGUCAGAAUAAUGUUGACAUGAUGGAUAAACAAGGAAGUGUCUCGAAAUUUUUUAAUCCCAUGAAAAAAACGGUGACGUUUCAAAGUGAAGUCAAAACGGUACCACAGCAGGGUGUGCAGUUUCAGCUGUUUGCGAUGGAAGAAAAAAAAAGAGAACCUAUGACAGCUGUUACAGAUAUGAACAUUUUUCACAGACCCUUUAAUUACGAGGACGAAACUACAAAGAAAGAGUCGUUUAUGGAAACAGAGAGCACGGCUGAAACAGGUAAUACCACGAAUAAUGUAAGCUUCAGCGAGGCAACGGGACCUACGACCUUUAGCACCUACGGUGACGCCUCAGAAAAGAGAAAUGAAGCAGUUUUCGACUUGGAUACAUCAUUUAGUCGUAAUUUUGGACAACCGCCUUUAAAUCAAGCGACUGAUGAAAACCCCAGCACCAGUUUCAAUUUCUUACGUUCGCAAACUAAAAAUAACCUUUUCGGUUUCUUUUAGGUGUUUUUGUUUAUUCGUUUUGUUACUAUGUCACUUAUUACAUCGUUCAUUAAAAAUCACCUGUGGGGAUAUUGUUCCACUUUUAAUCAUAACACACUUUCCGGAGAUUUCGCUCAUUUGUUUACAGUUAGCCAAGUCCGGUAGUUGCGAUGCUGAAAACAGUCUCAAUUUUGUUGGUAAUAUCUCUGGUGGCGUCUUACGAGCAGCGGCCGGGAUUUGUCUUAACGGUGACCAAGUUAUUCUGGAGCAAUAGUAACAACGGCACCGUGAGCAAAUUCCCACCAAUCAUCGAAUUCUUCGUGCAGAGAAUACAAAGCCUGAAUUCCAAUUACGUCUACGAGGACUUG